AUGGAUUGGGUUAUGAAACGUAAUGGUUCAAAUGAUGCUAGUGAUGGGACAGUAUGUGGACGACCAUUUGGUUGCAGCAAUGAGGGAAUAAUUCAGUUCUUUCAAAGAUUGGAAAUCGUGCCAAAUGGGAUAACACUGACGAUAGACAACCAGGGGAGAAGCACAGGGGAGGACUUCGUGCAGUUUGCUUCAAAAGCGAUAGAAAAUGCUCUGGGGAAACUCAAGGAAAGAAUAGGGCACAGGUGUAUUGAGAUCUUAAGUAGCAGGAGUGAAAUCAAAGGAUUUUAUGAUCCACCAAGAAGAUUAUUGCUGGGACAGCGACCGGGGCCAUAUGAUAGACCAAUAGGAGGAAGGGAGGGUUAUUAUGGAGCAGACCGUGGAAGUUAUGGAGGUUUUGAUGACUAUGGCGGAUAUACUAAUUAUGGCUAUGGAAAUGAGGGCUUUGAUGACAGAAUGAGAGAUGGAAGAGGUAUGGGAGGACAUGGUUAUGGCAGAGCUGGUGAUGCAAGUUCAGGUUUUCACGGUGGCCAUUUCGUACAUAUGAGAGGGUUGCCUUUUGGUGCAACUGAAAAUGACAUUGCUAAUGUCUUCUCACCACUAAAUCCAAUACGUGUUCAUAUUGAUAUUGGACCUGGCGGCAGAGCAACAGGAGAAUCAGAUGUAGAAUUUGUGAUACAUAAAGAUGCAGUAGCUGACAUGUCUAAAGAUAAAAUAACAUGUGGCAUCGAUAUUGAACUCAUCUUGAAUUCUACUCCUGGAGGCAUCUCUGGAAUGGGAGGUUCUGGAAUGGGAGGCUAUGGCAGAGAUGGAAUGGAUAACCAAGGAGGUUAUGGGUCUGUUGGAAGAAUGGGAAUGGGGAACGAUUACAGUGGAGGAUAUGGCAUUCCUGAUGACUUGGGUGGUUAUGACCGUGGUGGUAAAGACAGUGGAGGUUACUUUGGGCAAGGUGGCCUGAGUGGAAGUGGAUGGCGUGGGAUAUACUGAAAGCAUAACCAUUAACACACACGUCCUGGCGACAACAUCUGAUCUACUAGACUCUCCUACAGAUUUCAUUUCUUUUGUAUUUUGAGAACUUUAUAAUGACCGAAGGGAUGUGUUUUCAAAAUAUUAUUUCGUAAAGCAACAGAUUGUGAUGGGAAAACCUGUUUUCUGAAGGCUUUAUUUGUUGCAUACUUUGACUUAAAAAUAAAUUUUUAUGUUAAAAAAA